GUACAUGCACGAAACCGAAUGCUCAAAAUAGAUGGGGCCCAGAAUGUGACUGAACCCUCGUUACCUCCAACUAGUGCGCCCUGCACGCCCGGCGUAUCCUAUCCCUCUUCAACUUCAACACGUAUCCGCUCCUUGCGACAGCGCGCCAGGCCCCACCGGGCACUGGCCCCCGGCGCCUUCGCACGCAGCCGCGCCCCGUGGCUCGGCAGUAAGCCCUAGCUAGGGGCGAGCGCAGCAGGGCGCCAUGGCUGCAUCUGCCAUUGAGAAGCAGCCCACGGGCUGCAUCACGCUGCUGACGGCGGACGGGCAUGAGCUGCUGGUGGACAAGGAGAUGCUGUGCUCCAGCUCCAAGUUCUUUGCGGGCAUGCUCACCGCCUGCGACACCACGCGGCUGCACGUGGAGGAGUCACGCGACUGCAUGGAGCCCGUGCUGGCGGCGAUGCGCGGCAGCCCGCCCGCAGCCACGUACGACACACGCUCCACCGGCUGCUGGGCCGUGUACAAGAAGGUGUUGGUGGUGGCUGACAAGUACGACAUGAGUCUGGUGAAGGAGCGAGUGGAGAAGUGGCUGGUCAGCCGCUGCCUGCGCGGCCGCAUGCGCAGCCCUGGAUUCAAAUUCCAGGAGGUUGCUGAGGGGUUUGAGUGGCUAUCCAUUUGCCAGAAGUUCGACCUCAAGGACCUGGGGUGGUACUGCGCGUACGACCUGGGCACUCAGCUGGCGGGAGGCGCCUGGGGCCACCGGCCCGUGCACGAGUCCCUGGAGGGCGUGUCGUGCCCCGAGCUGCUUAAGACGGUGCUGGAGGCGGUGCAGGCGGCAGUGCUGGCGGGAGCGGCUGCCGGUGCGCCAGGCAACAGGGCACCCCUGGCGGCGGGCAACGGCCCGGGAGAUGCGGCCGAACCGGGACCAGCCCACGACGCAUAAAGCGCCGAAACCAUGUUAUGGUUGCGGUCCCUGUGGCUAUCCAAGCAAGCCAACUUGCGAGCAAUAAGGUUGUUGGAUAUUGCGUAGCUAGGGACCUUUCAGUGUUGAUAUUGCAUAUUCAGGACCUGCAUCGCCUUUGAGGUGCAACAAUUCAUCAGUGCCCGCAUCCCGAGCUGCCAGGCAUGGACAAGGUCGAUUGUGGAAGCACGCACGUUGACGCAGAAGCGCCGUCGUUAAGUUUGUUUCACACAUCAGAGGCUGAUUCAAGGCCGUGCACUGACUGUGGCAUGCAUCACUGUACGGUGCCGUAUGUGUGUGUAUCUAGGCGUGCGGCAGCGGCUUUGCGGCAGAAGCGGUAUGGUGGGGUAGCCCAUUCAUGCGAACGGUUUGUGUGAAACAUGGAAGUGCCGAUGUCCAGAGGCACAGCGAGAAAUGCACCUUACCGACCGGGCGGGGGGCACCGACGGUCUGGCCGGGCCGUCGGGGGUGAGGUCGGGGCAGGGCAGGCCGGGGCCGGGGCCGCCGUGGCGGGGGCGGGGCAGGGCCGGGAUCAAUGUAUGGCCAAAUAAAACGGCAGCUCAGACGUGGUACCUAGCACAGUCACAUGACGAGCUGUAACGCGCCCCUGGU